AUGACUGGCACCAACCCCACCGAGACGCUCGACGCGGUCGUGCUCGGCGCUGGCGUCGCCGGCCUGUACCAGCUGUACCAGCUCCGCAAGGCUGGCUACAAGGUGCGCGUGUUCGAGCAGGGCGGCGACGUCGGCGGGACGUGGUACUGGAACCGGUACCCCGGCGCGCGGUUCGACUCGGAGGCCUACAUCUACCAGUACCUGUUCGACGAAGACCUGUACAAGGGGUGGACGUGGAGCGAAAAGUUCCCCGGCCAGCCCGAGAUUGAGCGCUGGCUGCACUACAUCACCGACAAGCUCGACCUGCGCAAGGACAUCAAGUUCAACGCGCGCAUCACGAGCGCGCACUACGACGAGGGCCGCGGCCGGUGGCUCAUCAAGACGAGCGCGGGCGACAUUAUCGACUCGCAGUUCUUCAUCUCGUGCGGCGGCAUGCUGUCCGCGCCCAUCACCGACCUCUUCCCCAACAAGGACAAGUUCAAGGGCGAGGUCGUGUACACUUCGCGCUACCCCGCCGCGGGCGUCGACGUCAAGGGCAAGAAGGUUGGCGUCGUCGGUAUCGGCGCCACGGGCAUCCAGGUCAUCCAGACCAUGGCCCCCGAGUCGGGCCACAUGACUGUGUUCGCCCGCACGCCGCAGUACACGCUGCCGAUGAAGAACCCCGCCAUCGGGCAGGCCGAGGCCGAGGAGUACAAGGGCCGCUUCAAGGAGAUCAAGGAGCGUAUCGUCAACACGUUUACCGGGUUCGAGCACGACUUUACCACCACGUACGCCAUCACCACCGACUCCGCCGAACGCCAGAAGCUCAUGGAGGACAACUACGAGGACGGGUCGCUCAAGUUCUGGCUCGCCACCUUCCCCGAGAUCUUCACCGACCCCGAGUGCUCCAAGCUGGUGUCCGACUUUGUCGCGGGCAAGAUGAAGGACCGCCUCAAGCACGACCCGCACCUCCUCGAGGUGCUCGUGCCCAAGUUUGAGGACUACGGCUUUGGCACCCACCGCGUGCCCCUCGAGCGCAACUACCUCGAGGUGUACCUCCGCGACAACGUCACGGCCGUCAGCGUCAAGAACAACCCGAUUGUGUCGUUCACGGACAAGGGCCUCAAGCUCAAGGACGGGACAGAGUACGAGCUCGACGUGAUCAUCAUGGCGACUGGCUUUGACGCGGGCUCGGGCGCGCUGUCGAGCAUCGACGUGCGCGGGCGCGGCGGCCGCAGCCUCACCGACGAGUGGAACAAGGACAUCCGCACGACCAUGGGGCUGGGCAAGCACGGCUACCCGAACCUGCUGACGACGGCCGUGCCCCUUGCGCCGAGUGCGGCCCUGUGCAACAUGACGACGUGUCUCCAGCAGCAGACCGAGUGGAUCACGGGCGCGAUCGAGGACCUCAAGAAGGACGGCAAGACGACCAUCGAGCCCACGCAGGCGGGCGAGGACGCCUGGGUCGAGCACCACGACGGCAUUGCGAAUGCCACGCUCGUCACCAAGACCGACUCGUGGUACAUGGGCUCCAAUGUCCCCGGCAAGCCCCGCCGCCUCUUGUCGUACAUUGGCGGCGUGGGCGUGUACAGGACCAAGUGUAACGAGGAGGCCGAGGCCGGCUACCCUUCGUUCCAGCGGGCGUAG